AUGCCUGAGCUUACACCUACCAACCCCAAACCAUUUCUACGCCAACUAGUCGAUAAAUACAUUGUGGUUACUCUAAAGUUCAACAAUACAAAGUAUAAAGGUAAGAUGGUCUCCACAGACAACUACUUCAACAUCCAGCUGACCGAAGCUGAAGAAUUUGUAGGCGAUGUUUCCAAGGGCGUCGUCGGCGACAUUUUCAUCCGCUGCAAUAAUGUGCUAUGGAUAGGAGAAGAUCUUUCGAAAGCAGAACCGCCGACAGAAUAA